CGUCUUCCCUAAACACUGAUUAUUUUCUCUCCGACGCCGCCAUGUCUCUGCUAUCAGAUCUCGUUAACCUCAACCUCUCCGGCGCCACUGACAAAAUCAUCGCCGAAUACAUAUGGAUCGGUGGAUCUGGCAUGGACAUCAGAAGCAAAGCCAGGACACUACCAGGACCAGUGACUGAUCCAUCAAAGCUUCCCAAAUGGAACUACGAUGGAUCCAGCACCGGUCAGGCUGCCGGAGAAGACAGUGAAGUCAUUCUAUACCCUCAGGCUAUAUUCAAGGAUCCGUUUAGGAAAGGCAACAACAUCCUGGUGAUGUGUGAUGCUUACACACCAGCUGGUGAUCCAAUUCCAACCAACAAGAGGCACAACGCUGCUAAGAUCUUCAGCCACCCCAACGUUGCCUCCGAGGAGCCUUGGUAUGGGAUUGAGCAAGAAUACACUUUGAUGCAAAAGGAUGUGAACUGGCCAAUUGGUUGGCCUGUUGGUGGCUUCCCUGGCCCUCAGGGACCUUACUACUGUGGUGUGGGAGCUGACAAAGCUAUUGGUCGUGACAUUGUGGAUGCACACUACAAGGCCUGUAUUUACGCCGGUAUUGGCAUUUCUGGUGUCAAUGGAGAAGUCAUGCCUGGCCAGUGGGAGUUCCAAGUCGGCCCUGUUGAGGGUAUUAGUGCUGGUGAUCAAGUCUGGGUUGCUCGAUACCUUCUCGAGAGGAUCACUGAGAUCUCUGGUGUAAAUGUCAGCUUCGACCCGAAACCAGUUCCGGGUGAUUGGAACGGAGCUGGAGCUCACUGCAACUACAGUACUAAGACAAUGAGGAACGAUGGAGGAUUAGAAGUGAUCAAGAAAGCGAUAGGGAAGCUUCAGCUAAAACACAAAGAACACAUUGCUGCUUACGGUGAAGGUAACGAGCGUCGUCUCACUGGAAAGCACGAAACCGCAGACAUCAACACUUUCUCUUGGGGAGUUGCGAACCGUGGAGCAUCCGUUAGAAUUGGACGUGACACUGAGAAAGAAGGUAAAGGAUACUUCGAGGACCGAAGGCCAGCUUCUAACAUGGAUCCUUAUGUUGUCACUUCCAUGAUCGCUGAAACCACCAUCCUCGGUUGAUGACACAUUUCAUGAUUUGAUUUCUCUCCCAUUUGGUUUUUUUUUCCCUUGUGAUUGCACCUUUCGAUAAAAAAUAAUUCUUAUUAUGGCGCAUUGUGUGACAUUGUGUUUUGUUUCGAAUAAUUAAAUAAGCGAUUAUUAAGGUG